AUGCCGGGGGAACCAGCAACUCUCAAGGAGGCCUUGGAGAGUAGUGACGCUGAGGAGUGGAAGAAGGCAAUGGAGAGUGAGCUGAAGAGCAUUGAGGAGAACGGCACGUGGGAAUUGGUGGAGCUACCGGUGGGGCGUAAGGCGAUUACGUCCAAGUGGCUCUUCAAGAUCAAGUCCGACGCCGACGGCAAGAUCGAGCGCUACAAGUCUAGGCUUGUGGCGAAGGGGUACCAGCAGAAGGAGAAGGUGGACUAUAAGGAGUUGUUUGCUCCUGUGGUGAAGACGACAACGCUGAGAACCCUACUCCCGGGAGCUGCCAUCAAAGGAUGGGUGGUGAAACAAAUGGAUGUCACAACGGCAUUCCUCAAUGGCGUCCUUGAGGAAGAGAUUUUUAUGGCGCAGCCAGAGGGGUUUGAUGAUGGUAGUGGCAGAGUUCUGAGGCUGAAGAAGGCCCUUUAUGGACUGAAGCAGGCCCCUAGGCAGUGGUACUUGAAGCUGCGAGGAGUGUUGGAGGAGAUAGGCUUCACUCCUUCAUCCGCCGAUCAUUCCUUGUUCAUGCUUGGCGAGGGGGAGCAGAGGAGUUUCAUGGUGGUUUAUGUGGAUGACAUUCUCAUUUUCUCGCCCUCUUCUGACCUUGUGAAGGAGGUGAUGCUGAAGCUUCAAGACAAGUUCAAGUGCAAGGCCCUUGGUGACGUGAGCUUCUACCUUGGGCUCCACAUCGAACGAGAUGUGGAGAAGCGGUGCAUGCGGGUGCAUCAACGAAAGUACCUGGAGGCAUUGGCUGCCAACUUUGGGCAGAGUGAAGGCCAUGUGGCUACACCCUUUCCCUCUGGGUUCAAGUGUGUGAAGGGACCAGAGGAGGAGAGCGUUGGUGAAGAGGAGAGGCGCCGUUUUCACUCGUUGGUGGGCAGCCUCAUGUACGCGGCGGUAAACACCCGACCGGACGUCGCGUUUGCUACCGGACAGUUGGCUAGGGUUGUUCAAUGCCCUAACGAGGAGCAGGUAGCAGCUGGAAUGAGGGUGGCCAAGUAUCUUGGCCAAACACCGACCGUUGGGCUGCAAUACUCGGCGGCGGCGCAAAGGCGCCAAAAGGGCGCGGAUGGUGUUGAACCCGGGCGUUUGCUCCUCACCGCAUUCUCGGAUGCUUCUUUUGCAUCAGAACCAGAGGACAUGACAAGUGUUGGAGGGUUCAUUUGCUGUGUUGGUGGAGGCCCAACAGCUUGGGAGAGCAAGAAGCAGGUGGAUCAAGCAUUGAGCUCGGUGGAGUCCGAGUACAUGGCACUCUUCCGUGCCUGGCAUUGGACGAGGAGCAUGGUGGCUGCGGGUGAAGUUGAGUUGCACUACGUGAAGACGACAAGGCAGCCAGCUGACAUGAUGACCAAGAGGCUAGUGGAGCAGCAGCAUUGGAAGUGUUGCAAGCUGGCUGGGAUGGCUCUGAACUGA